UUCUCUCUCAUCCCCUAAUUGCUCAACCUGAGAAAAAUCUUUGCUUCUCUCCCAAUUCUUUCGAGAAAAUAAAUCAAAUCUCAAUCUUGACUAUUCAAAUGGAAGAAGAAAUAAAACAGGUCUCACCUUUGUGAGUUCAAAUCGCAGAAGAGAGAUGGCCUGUAGAAAUCCCUUCGAAUCAAGUUUCUAAUGGAUCUCAGCCGAAUAGGCCCAAUACUUAGUUAGUCUCCGCACAGUUUUCAUUUAAUUUCUCAUGGCCCAGUUCGGGAAAUGACCCGUGGCUCAAGAUGUAUUUAAAACGACAGAACCUUAUACACAUUUCAAUUAAUUCAUUUUGGACAAAAAUAAGAAAACGACUCUUUCUCUCUCUACUUUCUUCUCUCCUUCGUAUUAGGGUUUAACAAGUUCAAAACCUAAUUGAGCGCUUUAUGACGAGGAGAAGAUGGCGACUCAAACAAAGCAAGAGUCAAUUCCCCAAGAUAUAAUCAUCCAAAUUUUCUCAUGGCUUCCUAUUAAGUCUUUAAUGCGUUUUAAGUGCGUUUCGAAAUUUUAUAAUUCUCUUGUGUUGGAACGAAAUUUCGGGGAUCUCCAUUUGUCCCAUUAUUUUAAGAUCAGUCGUGGCGAUACCAAAUUUAUUGCACGCGUAAAGGAUGUUUGUUACGCUAUAGAAGAGCAUGAUGAAGAUGGAAGUGCCACCAUGCAUCAAACUGAGUGUUUUAAUAAGUUGUAUGAUCACAUUAACGGUCCUCCUGAUGAAUAUCAGGAUCAUUUCAUGUGCGAUAAUGGUUUGUGUUGCAUAUGGGAUGUGACUUACAAUGCCAUGGGAGAUGUAUUUUUGAAGUAUAUUGCAAUUUACAAUCCCACUACAAGAGAAGUAAGAUUUCUUCCACACUUGAAAGAUUUUGAGCCAACAAGUUUUACCUAUUAUAUCUGUUCAAUAGGUUUUGAGCCAAAAGAAAACAAGUAUAAAGUUCUUUUGGUUAUUAAUUUUUCAAUCGAAUUAUCAAGAGCAUGGGUUUUCACUUUAGGCAUAGAUAAAUCAUGGAGGGAGAUUAAAUUUGAACAUGGUUAUGAUAUUCCUCCAUACAGAUCCGGAAUUUGCAUUAGUGGCAUUAUCUAUCGGUUUGGCGGUGCUCCGGAGUCCUGUAUAGCUGCAUUUGAUGUUAAAUCUGAAAUUUUCAGAAGUAUCCCAACGUGUCGUGAAUUAGUUAAUACUUUAGAUGUAAGCAAAUAUGAUUAUAUGCUGAUAGAAGUAGAGGGAAAAAUAGCAAUCCUGGAAUUUUUAGAUUUUUGGUUUACUGAAGACAUCCAUCUAUGGAUUUUUGGAGAGACUCGAAAAGACGAAUGGGAACAUCACAUCUUUCGAUUUCCUUUAGGAUCGGAAGGCAUAUACUUGCGUUCCCAUAGGAUUCGCAAGUAUCGUGGUGAAGAGAUUGUAUUUGCAAUGAACAUCACGGCCAAUGAUGUUUUGGUUUGUUUUUGUUAUGAUGUCAAGAAAAAGAGCUGGAGACAUUUUGAAGUCCAAGGAAGUCCUGUUUCGGUUGGAAGCAUUUGUAUUUAUGCUGAAAGCCUCUUCUCAUUAGAAAAUAUUGGCAGUACUCAUCACCAAGUACAACUACAAGGCAAUUAGACUUGUUCUCUGUUUGCUUUACUUAGAGUAAUUUUUUUUUGUUAAACGUUAAUUUGGUUAUUUGUAUUAAAUCUUUUGUUGUAGUUCAAGUAUCUGUUCUGAAGGAUAGGAGGAAGAGUGGUUCUAUCAUUUAUUAGUUGUUUAAUUUGGGUAUUUCAAAUACAUGUGUAUUCUUAUUCUACAUAAGAU